AUGAGAGGGAUUCUGAACUGGCAAAAGUUUGAAGGGCCAACCAUUGAGCUCCACACCAUGGUGUUCAACAAUGGCAUGCUCAUAGAACACCAGGCACCACUAGCACCAACAUUGACCCAGGCUCCAAAUGAUGUCAAAGAGUCCUCCGACUCAGAGGACUUUCAGAACAAUAAUGGAAACCCUGUAGAGCUCACUAGAGCUGAGGUAUUGUCCAUCAAGGAGAGGGCCAAGUACAAAUUACAGUGUGUCAUGUUGCAGAAGGAGGGUGUUGCUCCAACACACAAGAAAUGUGCCAGGACUGUCAAGAAGGCCCUGAGGGUUGGUAGGAUUGCAGUAGUUGGACAUGUCAAAUAUAAACCAUUCAAAACAAGGAAAGUCAAGGAAGAAAUGGUUUCGUGGAUGUCCAACACUCACCAUUUAUUCAAGGACUAUGCCAUACAUAAUAUUCAGAAAGAUUUGGGUUUGCAUCUUCCAAUUGAGCAGCAAGGUGCCAAGGACAACAGAGGCACACUAGUUUGUUAUGUGUUUGAGGCAGACUGGUUCAUGGAUAUGAUCAUCAAUGUCAUAUACCUCAAUGGCCUUCACCAACAUGUUAACACAGAGAACUUUGACACUGUGUUCAGUCUCACUGGGGCUGUGGCAUUCAAUGCACUCAGUUGUUUCAAAAAAGGUAUCUACAAGAACAUUGAUGCUUCCACAGAACAAUUCUGUGACCUGUACAGCAGAAUUGUCACAAUGAUAAAACUUAUACAAUGCAACAACACGAAAAAGGAGAGGCUCAUGUGGUUAUGCAACUUCAUCAUUGCAUGUGGCUGA